UUCUUCUUUGAGGCCAAUCUCUCCUUCUGCCUCUCAGCAUCUCUCUCCCCCACCCUCCAAAUGGAAAGCAGCAGUACUUCUCAUUCCGAGCAGAAGCAAUUGAGCUGCUGAAGCAAAGCAAAACAGUAGUUGAACAAACCAACCAUGUCUUUAGCUCCAAGUAGAUAUCCUUCUCUCUACUCUUCAUCACCAUUACCAACAAGUAGUGUCCAAGCCAAGCAAAUCCCACUCCUUUUCUCUCAAAACACUCACUUUUUAUCCAAGACCUACUCAUUUCUCAGCACUUCAACAGCUUUCAGCAAUACCCUUUUGCUAAAACCAUCAAAUUCAAUCCUUAAAGCUUCAGAAACUGAGUCACAGACAUCAAAAUCUGCAGAGAGUGGAAGUGGAGGUGAAGGUGAAGGUGAAGGAGAAGAAAAGUAUGAAGAAUAUGAGGUGGAAAUAGAGCAGCCUUAUGGGAUAAAGUUUGCAAAGGGCAGAGAUGGCUCUACUUAUAUUGAUGCUAUUGCUCCUGGUGGAUCAGCUGAUAAGACUGGCAAAUUCAGUGUUGGUGAUAAAGUUAUUGCAACCAGUGCUGUGUUUGGGACAGAGAUUUGGCCAGCAGCUGAAUAUGGGAGGACAAUGUACACCAUCCGCCAAAGAAUUGGCCCAUUACUCAUGAAAAUGCAAAAGAGAUAUGGGAACAUGGAUUAUACCGGUGAACUGACAGAAAAGGAAAUUAUCAGAGCUGAGAGGAACUCUGGUGUCAUUAGUAACAGAGUGAGAGAAAUCCAAAUGCAAAAUUACUUAAGAAAAAAGGAGCAGAAAGAACAAAGAGAGAAGGAUCUUCGCGAAGGGCUGCAAUUAUACAAAAAUGCCAAAUAUGAGGAAGCACUGGAGAAGUUCGAGUCUAUGCUGGGAUCGAAACCAGACCCAACUGAAGCUGCAGUGGCAAGUUACAAUGUCGCUUGUUGUUAUUCUAAGCUUAAUCAGUUACAAGCUGGGCUAUCUGCACUUGAAGAUGCGAUGAAAGCAGGAUUUGAAGACUUUAAGCGAAUCCGGACAGAUCCUGACCUAUCCAAUUUAAGGACAGCUGAGGGAUUUGAACCUCUUAUGAAAAGGUUUGAUGAAUCAUUUAUCAACGAGAAUGCCAUCAACGCCAUUAAAUCUCUAUUCGGAUUCAACAAGAAAUAGAGUCAUGAAUUUGCUCCAAGGAUGAAAGAAUCAAAGAGGUAACUGCACCUGAACUUACAUGAAGCCAGGACUGGCCAAACCACCAACUGCUUCAGAGAAAACUCCUUUGUAAUUUGAUUUUUGUUUUUUCAUAGCUUUAGUUUAGGACGAGUUCAAAAAAGUUUAAUAUGAUUCGCCAUGAUUGGCUUGUUAUCCUGAUUCUUCUUUGGAUACAGUCUAUGAUAUGUAAUCUUCUUGACAAGAAAAUUGAAGAGGAUAAACAAGAAAAGUAAACUGUUUCUUUA